GACAGAGGUUUUCCGUGCUGCUUGUCGGGAAAGGAAGUUGAGAAUGCUUUUCAGUGCCUGUCUUCCUGGGCUAUUCCCUGGUAACGAAGCAGCUUAGAGCAAUCUGAUCACACUGCCCCUCAGCCCUGCAGGAAUCAGAAUGCAGACCAAAUACAGCAGCGAGAGGGACGUGAGGGGCAUGCUGGAUGAGGAUGGGGACACCACCAUGAGCCUGCAUUCCCGCGCCUCCACCGUCAGCAGGCAGCCAGAGACCAGACACACAGAGCCCAGGACUGCUCUUUCUGCUUGGCGCCCGGUGGCCCUGACGCUGCUGACCUUGUGCCUGGUGUUGCUGGCUGGCCUAGCGGCCCUCGGCCUUGGCUUCUUUCAGUUCUACCAGCUGUCCAGUGUUCAGCAAGCCAUCAUCUCUGAAAAUGAAGAAAGACUGGGGAAUCUGUCCCAGCAGCUGCAAUCUCUUCAAGUUAAGAACAAGAAGUUGGCAGAGACUCUGCAACGUGUGGCUGAAAAGCUCUGUCGUGAGCUCUAUAAUAAGAGUGGGGGACCCAGGUGCAGCCCUUGCCCAGGAAAAUGGAAGUGGCAUGGGGACAAAUGUUACCAGUUCUACCAAGCUAGUAAGAGUUGGCAGGGCUGUGAAUAUUUUUGCAAUGCUGAGAACUCUACUAUGCUGAAGAUAGACACACAAGAAGUUCUGGACUUUUCCAUGCUUCAGAGCUACUCUGAGUUUUUCUACUCUUAUUGGACAGGGCUCUCCCGCAAUGGCAGUGGCAAGGCCUGGCUGUGGACUGAUGGAGCACCUUAUUCCUUUGAACUGUUCGAGAUAAUAAUAGAUGCCAGCAGCGUGAGAAGCAGGGACUGUGUGACCAUCCUCAAUGGCAAGGCCUUCUCCAAAGACUGCAGGGAGCUGAGGCGGUGUGCGUGUGAGAGGGUGGCUGGAAGGGUGGAUCCCGAGAAGCUGCAGUAGCCGCCCCAGCCCCUCGGGGGGACACCCUCUGCUCAACUCCAGCUCACCGGUCAGGCCACGUGAGGCCAGUGCGAGGAAUAUGCAGCACAAGACACUGGAAAUGGAAGCUAUUCUGGAAAAGCAAUUUGUCUUCUCCUGCUCAGGCUCACCAGCCUUUCGGAGUUGGAGCUUUUGCACACAUAAGCCCAUCAGAAUAAGUCUUCUUCGUGGAUCACUAACUCUCUCCAGGAAUCUAUGGGGCUGUCAUCCACCUUCUUGAUUUACAGAUAAUUUUUUAGUCCUCUUUCUUCUCAGCACCCAGUAUUACUUCCUUGUUGUUUUGUCUUCCUUUUGCUUAAAGAAGUAAGAACUUUCCUGAAGUAGAGGAAUUCAAGGGAAAUGGUGUUGUUCGCUCCAACAAUCAGGGAACCAGGAAAUUAGCAGACAUUUACCAAUCAGUUGCUAAAUAUACAGCUAAUUCUAUUUGUUCCCAUUUUUUAUUUUUUUACUCUCUCAGUAAGAGCCAAUCUGCUUUCCUGGGGACUAGCUUUCCAAAUGGGAGAUCUCUCCUUCUGAAAUGUUGACUUAUAAAUAUACUUCUUUGUGCCCAUGAAGACUCCAAGAACUGCUUCUUUUACUUCAGAAUUCAUUUUCCAUAAUAGUUAAGCACUCCCCACAAAAUUCUCCAUCAGGAUCACUGCCCCUUCAAGGAGAUGGAAGACCAGAAAAAGAAAAGGUCUCUCUUACUUGCACCUGGCAUAGUUUGGGUUCCGUUGUUACUGCUUGCCUUUUGGUCCAUGUUUAUACCUUUCAGGUACUAAAGAUUUAAUAAUAAUAUAAUAAAUAAUGUGAAGUAUG